GUCGCUAUGGAAACUGCGUUACGCUCCAGGCGGCCGAGGGAGAGAAAACAAGAGCGCGAGGAGUCGUUUCACUCCUCAUUUCAGCACCACGCGCCUCCCGGACAGCGACCGAAUGAACUCGCGCGCAGAUUCGAGCGUCGAGUGCCUUAUGAGGGACAGAGCCGAAUCAGCACACAAGUCCAGCCGAGGUGGAGUGAGACGUUAGAAAGCACACACGAACUUUUCCGAACCUGUAGCUCGGUGGACUCUCAAGGUUUUAUUCCAGGCGGGAGUCAGGAGCUAGUCGCUCCCUCAGACAACACAGCAACAGGGAAAGCAGUAUGUCUGAAAAGAAACCCAGCCAGCGGUUUCACAGCCUGAACACUGAGCAGGUGGAGCUUCUGCAUCAGGUGCUUUCAGAAGUGGUCCCCAUCCACGGUCGGGGGAACUUUCCCACGCUGGAGCUGCGGCCGCGUGAUAUUAUCAUAGCAGUACGGGCCAGGCUGCAGAAGCAGGGAAUCACGGUCAGAGAUGUCCGUUUGAAUGGCUCCACGGCCAGCCACGUCCUGGUGCGGGACAACGGGACGAGCUACAAAGACCUGGACAUCAUCUUUGGAGUGGACCUGCCAAGUCAGGAGGAGUUCCAGGUGAUAAAAGAGUCUGUGCUGGGCUGCUUGCUGGACUGCCUGCCCACAGGGGUCAACAAGGAGCGGAUCAGCAGCGCCACAAUGAAGGAGGCCUACGUUCAGAAAAUGGUCAAAGUUUUCAACGAACACGACCGCUGGAGUCUUAUCUCAUUGUCAAACAACAGCGGGAAAAACCUAGAGCUCAAAUUUGUGAGUGCUCUGAGGCGCCAGUUUGAGUUCAGUGUGGACUCUUUCCAGAUCAUCCUAGACCGACUUCUAGAGUCCUACAUGCAGCAGAACUCCAUGCACAAAUUAAAUGCUGUUAAUCUGAAGGACCAGCCUGCAGAAAGUGGGAAUGAUUCCUUUUUGCCUGAGUCCAAUCAGAGCUCUGCUAUAGAGGCAGAGAAGUCCACUGUCCACUCAUCCAAUGAACCAGGGGGUCCACUAAGCAGGACACAGCAGAGGGACGAAGUGCAUGAAAAAGAGUCUCAGACAGAAUUUUCACCGCAAGCUGAACAUUCAGAAGAAACCAAAGGCGAUGAGGCCAAAGCAGCUGCAGAGCUCGACAUUUCUGAGAUCAAAGAAGACCCGAAUGAUAAAGAACAAAGAACUCUGAACAUUGGGUCAGAAAAGAAACAAGCUUCCGAGGAAUCCGAGACACUGGUUCACACUGAAGCUAAACAAGACUCUGAGCUGCUAGAUCAGUCUGAGCCAUCAAAGGCAGCUGAUGAGUUAGAGGAAAUGAAGCACGAUGACAGCCAUCAACCAACAGGUUCAAAUCUCAAGGAACUGUGUGUCCAGCAAGAAUUGGCUAACGACACGAAACCGCCUGACGAAAAGAGAGAAAUCGCAGGGCAGAUGGAACAUUCUGAUACGCCUAAUGCUUCUAAAAUAACUCCGGCAGAGUGUCUAAACCUUGCAGAGGAGCCUCGCAGCACAGAGCAAUCUGAUAAAACAGACUUAUCUAAGCAUUUCAUAGAGGAUCAGAGAAGCAAUGAGGCAGAUAACACUCAACACGUGUCUGCCUCAGACACAUGCACGUCGUCUUCAUGUGCAAAGAUAGAGACACGGUUAGAGGAAACAGAGAACAGGGAGCAGAUUGAAGCCGAAAGGGAGAGUGAUACAAAAACGUGUGAAAUCACACAGGAGUUUUCAGCAUCAGAGGAGAAACAUUUAGAAGACACACAGAGUAUUGAUUGUUCCUGCUCCACCUCUUCCACUCUUCCACUCAGCAGCACACAGCCCACUGACACAGAGAAUACACCAGAGAUUGACGACACACAAUCCACAGGUAACUCAGAGAAAACAGCUAGCCCUCCCGAUCCUGUCAGCCCAGCAGAUACUCAGGAUAGUUUACCUACACCACCUGGCCUUGUUUCUGACAAAAAGACCUCCUCGCUUCCCACUGCUAAGGUCUCUGACAGACUGUCUCACAUGGUGGUGCUCAAACACUCUUCUCCAAAACCCCCUCGGCGGAUGUGUAGAAAGGUUACGUCGAAUGCUCACCCCAACCGAGUGUCUGAAAGUGAGCUUCUUGUUGCAACCUUUAUAGAUUUAAACCAAUGUCCUACAAGUGAACCCAACAAAGACCUUGAUUCGAAGCCAGUGAUUCCCAUUUCAAACCCUGCAACCAUCCAAAUAACAAGCAUUUCUCUCAAAAUAAACUCUGGACCUGAACUUGAUCUUUCGAGUUGCCCAUCUUUAAACUCUGACCUUACCUCAGCUCCUGAUCCAGACCCUGAGAUAACAUUACCAUCACCUCUAGAUCCCACAUCUUUGUUACCUCAAGAAAUAUCUUCCUCUAACAUGGACACAACCGAUUUGUGCGAAACAAGUCUGAAAGAGACAUUAAACACUCCUGCGACAUUCGAUGAGCAAAGUCAGUCCUGCGCGAAUGAAAUGGUCUUUGAACCUAAACAGUCUGAACCUCUUGACUCGGUGGAAAUACCCAGCUCCUACACCCAUGAUCCGGAGGAACCAGCUGAAGAAGUUCCAGAGAUAAACUUGGACCAAUCAAACGCCACUUCACAAGAAACUACUCUAGAUUUACCUCUGUCUUCCCAUGGUGUCAUCCCACCAGUACUCAGCCUGUCUCCUCCUCACUUCGCACCCUCACCCCCAUGCCCCAGUCCUCCGCCAUGUUUGACUCCCCCAUCUCCAAUGUUAAGCACCAUGAGCCCUAUGAGCUUUUGCUCCCCACCCCAGAGUUUCAGCCCAACUUCGUCUUGCCUCAGCUCACCUCCUUACCUCACUCCUCCUAUGCUCAGCCUUAGCCCUCCGCCAAACUGUCCAACCCCACCGUCCCCGUGCCUCAGCCCUCCCCUCCUCUGCUUCACCCCACCAAUGGAGUCUGGGGAUUUUUUACCUCAGGAGUCUUCGGAUACAGAGUCUUUCAUGUUAAAUGCAGACAAGACAGAACACGACAAACUGUCCGCGCCUCAGUCAGGAGAUUCUCCCGCACAGUUGGAGGAGAAAAAGGAACAUGGUUAUAUCUCCUCUUUACCUCAGGUUGUUGAGCCUGUUUCUUUUCCAAUCGCAAUUCCAAGCGCCACCUCACCGGUUCUGCCUCAACCUCAGUCCGAGGAUACGGCGGUACCAAACCCUCCAAAAGCCACAGAAGCAUCCAUCACUGUGCCUGAAGAUAAAGACGUUUCUAAAGCUGCCCCAGACCUGUCUGAACUGUGCAGUCCCCCUCAAGCAUCUGACUCAGUGCCUGCGGUGGAGAUCUUGGCAGAGAGCAUGUAUGGGGACUUUGAGGCAGCAAUGGACCACCUGCGCUAUCGGCUGAUUGCCACCAGAAACCCUGAGGAGAUCAGAGGUGGCGGCUUGUUGAAAUACAGCAACCUGCUGGUCAGAGACUACCGGCCAGCCAGCGAGACUCAGAUAAAGACACUGGAGCGCUACAUGUGCUCGCGCUUUUUCAUCGACUUCCCUGAUGUGCAGGAGCAGCAGAGGAAGAUCCUAUCCUACUUAAAGAACCACUUCAUCGGCGAGGAGAGGAGUAAGUACCAGUACCUGAUGACCCUUCGGCGGGUCAUCGAUGACAGCACGGUGUGCCUGAUGGGACACGAACGGCGUCAGACUCUGAACAUGAUCACGGUUCUCGCUCUGAAGGUUCUGGGUGAACAGAACAUUAUACCAAACACAGACCAUGUGACCUGUUUCUACCAGCCAGCCCCAUACCUUGCUGAGCACACAGCCCCCUAUCUGGCAGAACCUAGCUACUGCAGCUACUACAUACCACAAGGGGGAUCAACUCUGCUGUACCAACCGUACCCUUUACACCUCCACCCACAGACUGGACUAGUCUGAGACGACGUGCAUUAAACUCACAAAAGAUUGAGGAGAAUGGGCUCACCAUGAGGGAAGAGCUGGAGAAUGGAAAGAAAAUAGUCCAGGGAUGAACGGUUUGGUCUAUAAUAGACCUGUGUGGGUGGGAUUGAGUGGGUUUUACAGUAAACUUCUUGAGAACUCUAUAAGGUUCUAACAUGAUUAUAUGUAAUUAUAUCUGGGCUUUGUGGGAAAAUAAUAAUUCUUCCGAUAUUGUUCAAAUUCCAUAAAAUGCCGUAUGCACUGCAUGAGUCAUAGGUCUUUGGUCUCCCUGGGAGACCAACUGUGCUGUUGACAUUCACACACAUCCAAACACAUUAUUCAAACACGCACGCACUGACAUGCACCCACAAACACACUUGCAGGUUCUUAAAUUGUCGUACACUCUUUUCAUGUUCUUACUGUGUUGUUCUUAAUACGUUUGUUCGGAACGUGGACCUUGCCUGUGGUUGAUAUUGUGCAUGGAUACGUUAGGACUGUUUUUUCACUGCCAAAUACUGUGUGACUACUAUGCUUCUCAGACAGUUUCAUGUAACUUUGUCUGUCCUUUACAAAAGGGAUAUAUUAUGGGG